UGUAAAAGCCACGGCAAAGUUCAGUAACAAUUUUCCAACGCUCCCAUUUUUAUAGAAAAAAAAUAACAACAAAAUUUCAAAGUUAACAAAAUUUAUUCUCUUUAUUUUUCUGGUAAUCAUGUCGAAGGCCACCAAGCUGCGCUUUGCUCUGAUCACCGAGGAUGUGCUGGACAAGCUGAGGCCGCGUUCGCAGUCGGAAAGUACCCGCAACAAGUAUAUGAAUGAGAUAUAUGUGGCUAUAAGGACGGCGGUGAAUGAGGUCAUCGACGAGAAGCUGCAGCAACUAACUGCGACCAUUGAUCAGAUGGUUGAGGAAAGGGUUACAAAGAUCCUGGAUCAGCGGGUGGCGGGGGGCAGUGGCUUGGCCUCAACAUCUGGGAAAGGAAAGAGGGAGAGGGGAAUAGGGGAUAGAAAGGACAACAAGGAUCUCAAGUAUUCCGAGACCAAGGCCACAGCCGAGUGUUCCAGUUCUCUGAGGUUAGCCACUCUUAAAAAGCGACAACCCAAGAAGACUACCAAUCCCAUGAAGGAGCAUGUGACCUUCGCCCCCGAGGAUCAUUUGGUCAAGAAACCCAGGACCAAGACGCAGAAAAUCACCGUGAUACCCAUCCAUCGGGAGAAUCAGGUCAAGAGUUCGCCCUCUUCAUCCGGAAAUAACCCACCUUUGGCUCCCCCUCCGCCACCCACCUUCCAAAUGGAUCACAAUCGCCUCGAUGAGGAUGACGACGACGAUGAUACCAACUUCUCGGAUGUGGAGGAACCCUCCAUCUUGACCAUCGCCGCCAAAUAUCUGAAGAAACUCGAGGAUGCCCGACGUCGCAAGCAGCAGCAUUAAAUUGUUAGUCAAAACAAAAAAAUUGAAACCCCCUCUAUAAGGUAGAAGACCCCCUGGAAGUCUCCUUCGUAUCUGCCUAACUCUUGAGCUGAAUUUCCAAAGAGUGUUUAUACUUUAUAGGAUUUAUAGGAUGUUUGGUCCGAAGCCAUCAAAAAGUGUAAAUAAAUUCAGAGUAUAAAAUUA